UUUCAACUUUAGAAUUUCCUCUUUUCAGAUAAACAAUCAUACCUUAUAUUCAGUUUGCACAAUUUAUAUUAUACCUUAAAGAAUAUUCAUUAAUUUUGCUGAAACUGUACUUUCUGGAUAUUUAAUGGUUUAAUGGUGAUUCAAUUUCUGAUAAAUUACACCGUUUGAAAUAUAACUGAUUGUGAAAUUCUCCAGAGAAUUCCGAAAUGGCUCAGAGAAUUUCAAAGAAAACUUGUGAGGCGAUUGUUCUUUGAAUUGUUAAGAAAAGGAAUUUUUUGACCGGGUUAACUUUUUGGUGUUAUAAAUUUUGACAUGCGCUCAUUGAUAUCUGCGCGUGUAUCCACACAUGUACACGUCUACGGUAUGUAUACAGCGCCGAGAGAGGUCGAACGGAGGCUCGGAGGUAUGUACAUGGCGUGCAUGCGCGCGUGCGUGUCACUGCAUAAGUGGGUGUUUUGGGCCGAAAAGAUAGUGGCAACGAUGGUGGGGGUUCCGCUGCAAUACGCGAGGCUUUGGGAAAGCCCGUACAAUCAAGCCAUACGCACACUAGAAUCUCUAGAGUAAGGAGCGAGCGCGGCCGGAGCGUGCCUUAGCGAUUUGCACACGCAAUAAAAUCGGUGCUCAUCGUCCGUUGUGUAACUUUCAGUAGUCACACAAAUACCUACCUCAAUCAACCUCGAACUAAACUACCUCAUGUUGCCUACCUCGAUAGCGGUCAACUCUCUUGUCAUAAGCCAAAACUCUGAACACACGUCGCUUUGUUGUGUUUCUCGGUCGAGCCAAAAAAUUACCUACAAGAAUACGAACCUCUCAAAAGGAACAUCAACUACAGACACGGGUAAACAUUGGGAGUGGGUACCGAAAAUGGUGAACUUCUACCCGGCUGAGGGGCUGUCAAAUCGGGAGGCUCCACCGAUGCCGAUUGCGAGUCGAGUGACAGAUAUAGUGGCGAUGAACUCUGUGAAGAAUCUGGUGUGCAGUCCGGACGUUACGGUGUUUACGGGACCAUCGGGAGAGUCUCUAGAGUCUAUAACGGAGGACAAACUGUACCAGUGUUUAAUGUGCCACAAGACGUUCAGCCAAAAGAGCGUUUAUCAAAGUCACGUAAGGUCGCACAGUAAGGAGGGCGAGGAUCCGUACCGGUGCAACAUAUGCAGCAAGACAUUCGCCGUCCCAGCGCGGCUCACACGCCACUUCCGGACACACACAGGUGAGAAACCGUACCAGUGCGAAUACUGCAACAAGUCAUUCUCGGUGAAGGAAAACCUCAGCGUCCAUCGGCGAAUCCACACCAAGGAAAGGCCUUACAAAUGCGAUGUCUGCGAACGGGCCUUCGAACACAGCGGCAAGCUCCACCGCCACAUGCGGAUACAUACGGGCGAACGGCCCCACAAGUGUUCGGAAUGCGCGAAGACGUUCAUCCAGAGCGGGCAGCUGGUGAUUCACAUGCGUACUCACACGGGAGAAAAACCGUACGUCUGUAAGGAGUGCGGUAAGGGUUUCACCUGCUCUAAACAGCUGAAGGUGCACACGCGGACGCACACAGGCGAGAAGCCCUACACCUGCGACAUAUGCGGAAAGUCGUUCGGCUACAACCACGUGCUGAAGCUGCACCAGGUUGCGCACUACGGCGAGAAGGUAUACAAGUGCACGCUGUGUCACGAGACCUUCAAUUCGAAGAAGACGAUGGAGCUGCACAUAAAAACGCACUCCGAUUCGCCGGGUUCGGGCUCUCCGCGGAACGCGUCACCCGUAGAGCCCGUCAUCGAGAUUUCGCAGCUGGGCUCGGGCGGCGGGGUCGGCAGCGACAAGGAGAAUAAGACUGACCCUGCGACGCAGGCAACCGGGUAUUCGCAGUCCCGCGACUUCGCCUACUACCUCUACCCCCGCGACCAAUAUAGCGGUCACGCGCCAAGCCCGACCGGUGUAAAUCCGGCGCUUCUUGCCGCUGCAGCCGCGGCCGCGGCCGAGGAUCGCACCUUCCAGCCCUCGCCCGAGACUUACUACCUCUACCCACCACCCGCUGCCGCUUUUUCGACCUACGGUCUGCCCGAUCCCGCCGCUGAGUGCGCGCUGCUCGAUCUCCCCGGGAACGAUGCUCGCCGUCGCGUCGAGGCUGCCCUCGAAGUCGUCGAAGAACAGCGGCAACGAGAGUGCGGUCUCCAGCGGCAGCCCAUCCUCACACCGCCGAGCAGCAACCCCGUCAGCCCGGCCCCAUCGCCUGAUCCGCUCGACCUCGCCGUUCCAGUUAGAGAGACGCUCAUUCUUCCGCCCCGGAAACGUAGCAAGAUGAUACUAGAGUCUAUGGAAAGUGAGAGGACUGGCAUCGCCUCGCAGAGACAGAGCUCUGUCAUCCAGUACGCCAGGGCGUCGUAGUUCGUUCUUCGAACGGUGGAUUUUGUCCAAUCGCUAACAGACUUUUCAAAGUGCCCUGUGUUUGUCGUUGCAGCGUAAUAUAAACGAUUUUUCACAACUUACGGUUAUCGGGUACCGUCGCGAUUUAACCGUUGUUGCAACGCGGAGAAGAACUAGAUUACAUUGAAAUCGUUAUAAUGCGCCUCUGAAUGCAAUCUGUCGAAACAAAAGAUUUUUCACUAUGACUGAACGUUAUGGGUAAUGUCUAACAUAAGUGAUUCAAAUUUUCCUAUUAUUGACAUGGUGUUAUGGUCAGUCGUAGAUUGAAUAGUAAAUUUUUGUACAAAGCAGAGAAACUUAAAAUAAUUAGUUCUAAAAACCCUAUUUUACUUUAACAUAAAUUGAUGCAAAUGGACGAGAUUAACAAAUAAGACAAUGUAUGAUGAUGUAAUACAAAAUCAGCGAAAUUCAAUGGUAAUAUAACUGACAGUUACAUCUUUAGAUUAAUUUGAUGAGUUUCUUUGCUUUUUACACAUAUAAAAAUUGACAGGAUUCUUUUUAAUGCAAAGACCUAAUUGAAAUAUAUGUAUUAUCGUUAUAGCUUUUUUCCUCUAAAUUGAUGCAAUUUUUCACGAGUUUAGUAUUAAUGGUAAACGGGUGUGCCGCAUAAGUAAGCGCGUGAGCUAACUGAAUUACGUACGGAACAAGAAAAUGGAAUGAAAAAUUGUUUACAGUUUUCAUUUUACGUCUUACAGAUUUGUUUAUAUCACCAACUAUUAUUUCUAUCACCCUAUAAUGUAUGUAAUACACAAUUUUUCUGUUUACUGUACGCAUAUAAGAACAAAUGAUCAAUGGUUUCUUACCAUUUAUAAACGUCCAUAAUUGUUUUCAAAUUCAAACUUGUACAUAUUAUAUCGAUGUAUUCAUGUUACCUACAACUACACGAUAUAAGAGACUGCGAAAGGAAUCAAUUAGGGUUCCUGAUUGGCUCGUAUCGGAGAAAAUAUUUUCCAAGUUCAAUUGUACAUAACUAUGAUUGAAUCGAUUCGGGGCGCACUUGUGUUUCAUUAUACCUUUCAUUCACUCUUUCUCUCUUUCCGUAAUCUGGGUUAUGUGGCACCGAAAUAAAUUUUGUACGUAGUAAUCGAAGCUGCUACAUUGCUAAACAUUGCUAUACAUAUACAUAUUGUGAAGUACCAAACAAAAUUGACAUCUCUGUGAUAACAACUCCGUACUAUACCAGAGUAUUGAGAAUAUAAGCUGAGCCCACUGCCAGUACAAGCGUAUAUAUGUAUAUGUACGUAUCCAAGUAUUUAUAUAUCACGCAUCAUAAUUUUAUAAAUGAACGUAACUGUUAUUAUUAUUACUAUUAUGAUUAUCUGCAUAUAACUAUAUACUAUUCGUCUUGUAAUGGUUAAUUUUUUUUAUUUCCGUGUGACCCAUUAUUAUUAUUAUUAUUAUUAUUAUUAUUAUUAUUAUUAUUAUUAUUAUCAUUAUCAUCAUCAUCAUCAUCAUCAUCGUUGUUAUUGUUAUUAUUAUCAUUAUACACGGCGAUGAUAUAUCCAAGCAGCUUCUGAAUUGAAUAUAAUUUUUAUGAUCCCGUGAUAAAUGUACAUAUACAUAUUUAAAUCAGAUUUAAUAUACCAUUCAUCUUA